AUGUAUAAGUUUAAGGCGCUUUUGUUCUUUGUGAUGAUUUCUGGCGGAUGUCACGGAUCUCAGGCAGCAUAUAAAAGAAGACCCCUGGAGGACCUUGAGACCCGCUGCGAUGGACACUGCUUCUCAAGGAUGCGAACAGUGAUGGAUUACGUUGUUGCCAAUCAGGAUCGCUGGAGUACCUGCAACCAAAUGAUAGCAAGAUCACAGGAGCCCAAGGACUCAUGGCUGGACAGGAUGGACUUGCCGGAAUCAUUUAUAGUCUUUGAAAAUAAUCUACAGGACAAGCUGGAUGCCCAACAUAAAGUUUUUAAUGAAUCGCUCUCCAAAGUUGAGAGUUCACUGGGGAAAAUCAUUUCGCAGAUGAACAGUAUGCAUAAUCAACUGGAAGCGUUGCAAAAGAAUUUUGGGCCAAAGGCAGUCGCACCAACAAAAAGCAUCCCCCCGAAGUUCGAGCUGAUUGGCUCAAGGUAUUUUUACAUCGAAAAGGACAGUUAUGUGGAUUGGCAAAGUGCCGCCAGUACCUGUCGCCAACUGGGUGGCCAUCUGGCCUCGAUUAAGGACCAAGAGGAGCUAGACGCUUUAAGCGUGAGACUCAACAACAAUGAGGGCUACUGGUUGGGCACAAACGAUCACGCAGAGAAGGGCACCUUUGUGUCCUUGGCCUCUGGUAAACCAGCCUUUUUGAAUUGGACAGAUGGCCAGCCCGACUAUUUGUUCGGACAUCCGAGCUGCGUUGACUUCUUUUUCAAGGAGUUUAAAAUAGCCAGGAACUUACUAAUGUUGUGUUCGAUCGAAAAAAAAUUUAUUUGCCAGGCUGAUGAAGAAGUUUAG